GUUGAUUUAUUCUUUUUGGAAAACCCUCUCCUGUGAGCCAUCCUUUCUUUUUUAUUCCCUUCUCAACUCAAGCAAGUGCAUGCAUAAGUUGGAAAUUUUUUGAACGAUUUAGCACCGACACAACUAAGAUGAACAUUUGUUUUUCCUACGAAACAUACUAAUGAAAACUUAAACACAGUUGUAAAUACAAAUGAGAAAAAAUUAAGAAAUAAGAAGUAACGAGAACUGUAAAGAAGGAUAAAAAGAAGGAAAGAAGAAGUGAAUGCAUGAUCACCGAUGAUAUUGAACAAAUUAUUGCCGGUGAUGAAAACGCCGAUGAUGUACAAAGUAGCUGUCAAGAAGCGUAAAGAAAAAUGAGAAAAAGAAGGGAAAAUAAAGGAAUACAUGAUUGCCGAUGGUGAAGAAGAAGUUGUCGCCGGUGAUGAAAAUGCGGAUGAUCUAGCAGUAUUACCGCCAGUGAUUAAAACAUCAAUGGUUAUUGAUGAAGAAGACGGCCGGGGGAUGAACUAUGAAGAAAUAGCCGAAGAAGGUAAGUAAGGAGCGGGUGAAGAUUUGAAUGUAUUCAAGAAGAGUAUUUUUGGAAAAUUGAAAAAUGAAAAAGAGGCGUGUCCUAAGCCCUCCCUAUGUUUCUUUUUCAGAUUUAUGUAAAUGAUCCUGAAAUUAAGGCAGUUAAUUGAGUAAUUCUAGGUUAAGUGUGAGUGGUAAAAGAAAAAUUGUGAAUCUUCAGUUUUGCUACACGAACGCUGCGGGAAUACAUCCCCCACCUCGCCACUCCCUCUCUCUCACGCCAACUCUCCCUCCUCGCCUUCCGCUGCUCGCAGCCACUCUUCCUCCGCCCCUCGCCACCGAAGCCCCGCCGCCUCCACCCGCUGUCGACCGCCGAUAACAGUACAAACAAUGGGACUGCCAAAUGCUGCUUCUGGGGACUUGUCGUCGCAAAUGGAAGUCGAUGCUUUUAGACGACUCUUUCCAAUUCAGUUUUAUGAGCGCCAUCUUACUGAAUCAAUACGUCCUGAUGGAAGAUCACUGGGAAAAGCUAGAGACACAACCAUUGCUCUUGGACCAGUAUCUUCUGCAAACGGGUCAGCCCUGGCUAAGAUUGGUUCGACGACAAUGUUGGCUGCUAUCAAAAUGGAAGUAAUGACACCUUCUGUUGAGUCACCCGAUGAGGGUUGCAUAGCUCUUGAUUUCCACAUGCCUCCAGUAUGCUCUCCAAUUGUUAGGCCUGGGAGACCGGCGGAAGCAGCACCUGUGAUUUCAAAGCAGUUAUCUGACACUAUUUCGAGUUCUGGGAUGAUUGAUCUGAGAGAACUAUCUCUUGUUAAAGGAAAAGCUGCUUGGAUGGCUUACUUGGAUAUUUACUGUUUGGACGCUGAUGGUUCUCUUUUUGAUGCUGCACUUCUUUCUGCAGCAGCUGCAUUUUCUCACUUGCAAAUCCCUGUUGUUGCUCUAAAUGAUGAUGGAAAAGUAGUAUUUGUCUGUGAGGAAGAAGGGGGAGAAAACUUUGAGAAGGAACCUGUCAAUAAAGAGAACAGGAAACUGAAAUUGAACUCUAUUCCUUUCUCAUUAACGUGCCUACUCCACAAGAAGUACAUCUUGGCCGAUCCUACUGCAGAGGAGGAGUCCGUCAUGGAAACUAUUGUAACUGUGGUUUUGGAUUCAUCUGGUCAACUUGUUUCCUUCUACAAGCCGGGUGGAUCCGUUCUUGCUUAUACAUCAGCUGUUCAGGAUUGCAUUGCAUUGACCAGACAAAGAUCGAAAGAACUACAGAUAAUUUUAGAUGAAGCAAUUUCUGGUAUGGAAAUCGACUAAGUUUGCAGUAUCUCUCUUCUACCGGUUUUAAUGAAUUGAAUGGUGGAUGGUUUGUAGGCUUCCAAUUAAUACUUGUUUGGUUGCCUCCAGAAUUUUGGUGAUGAUAUUUGUUUACCCCUAGAGAUUGUUUUUUUUUUAGAAUUUGAUCUCAAGCUAUCAAUUUUUGUGCAGGGGUGUAAUUUCUAUUGGCCAGAUAUUUCUUUAUUAUUAUUAUUAAUUCAAGCUAAUUUCCCACUUUUUAUUUGCA